AUGAUCCCCAAUACUGCGGUAAACCGAAAGCUCUUUUCGUUUUACUUGAAAUAUGUGAAGCUGCAGUAUGAGACAUGGAACUUAAAGAGAAUCCAGUUUAAAGGAUUUCGAGGUGCUAAUCACAAGCUUCAUGAGUUCACUUUGGCUGAAUUGCCAGUUAUGAGCCCCUACAAUUGCAUCCCUUCUAAAGAAGAGGCUUGUUCUGAAGGCAAAAGAACAACCAAAAGACAUCCAGCACUUGAAGGUAGGUACAAACACCUAUACUCAUCAUCAACUCUCAAGGCAAUCUUGUCCUCUGUUGAAACUUACAAAGCCAAUAUUGUUGUUGAUAUAAAAUGUGUUUUCGGAUAUGAUACAUUGGUAUCUGUCAGUUCGUGGCUAUCUUAUAAAGAUAAUGUUGAAGAUCUUCAUUGCACAAUGACAUCCGUGAAGACCUCCUGCCAAUUUGACACAAAUGGGGAGAUUGUUAAGUCUACAUGUGUUGUGUCAAUUAGUAGUGUUUGGAAUUUCAGUGUACACAUUCCGAUUCCGAAAUGGGUAUGUCCAUCUUCCGAAUCUUAA